AUGGUCGCCGACGACAAGCCAACAUACCGCUACGGCGAGAAGCCGGUCUACACAACCUCCAAUGGCUGCCCUGUUGAGAACCCAUCCAGCUGGCAGCGGGUCGGCCAGAAGCCAGGCCCUCUCCUGCUGCAGGAUUUCCACCUCAUCGACCUGCUGGCACACUUUGACCGUGAGCGUAUCCCAGAGCGCGUUGUCCACGCCAAGGGCGCCGGUGCCUAUGGCGAGUUCGAGGUCACGCACGACAUCAGCGACAUCUGCUCGAUUGACAUGCUGAAUGGCGUUGGCAAGAAGACGCCGCUGGUUACACGCUUCUCGACUGUCGGAGGCGAGAAGGGCUCGCCCGACUCUGCUCGUGACCCCAGAGGCUUCUCCAUCAAAUUCUACACCCAGGAGGGCAACUGGGACUGGGUGUUCAACAACACGCCAGUCUUCUUCCUCCGUGAUCCCACCAACUUCCCCCUCUUCAUCCACACCCAGAAGCGCAACCCCCAGACCAACCUGAAGGACGCGACCAUGUUCUGGGACUACCUGAGCACGCACCAGGAGGCCGUCCACCAGCUGAUGCACCUCUUCUCGGACCGGGGCACGCCGUACUCGUACCGGCACAUGAACGCCUACUCGGGCCACACGAUGAAGUGGACCAAGCCGGACGGCUCCUUCGUCUACGUGCAGAUCCACUGCAAGACAGACCAGGGCAACAAGACCUUCACCAACGAGGAGGCGGGCCAGAUGGCCGCCGACAACCCGGACUGGCACACGCAGGACCUCUUCGAGGCCAUCGAGCGCGGCGAGCACCCCAGCUGGACGUGCUACGCGCAGGUCCUGACGCCCGAGCAGGCGCAGAAGUUCAGGUGGAACAUCCUCGACCUGACAAAGGUCUGGCCCCAGGCCGAGGUGCCCCUGCGGCCCUUCGGCAGGUUCACCCUCAACCGCAACCCGCAGAACUACUUCGCCGAGAUCGAGCAGGCGGCCUUUGCGCCCUCGCACCUCGUCCCCGGCGUCGAGCCCUCGGCCGACCCGGUCCUGCAGUCCCGCCUCUUCUCCUACCCGGACACCCACCGCCACAGGCUCGGCGUCAACUACCAGCAGAUCCCGGUCAACCGGCCCCUCCGCGCCUUCAACCCCUACCAACGCGACGGCGCCAUGGCCGUCGACGGCAACUACGGCGCCAACCCAAACUACCCUUCCACCUACCAGCCCCUCGCCUACCGCGCCGUCAACCCCACCGCCGCGCACGAGGAGUGGCAGGGCAGGGCCGUCACGGCCGUGUUCGGCGGGCUCACGCCCGACGACUACGCCCAGGCCGAGGGCCUGUGGAAGGUCCUGGGGCGGACGCCCGGCCAGCAGGAGAACUACGUGCACAAUGUCGCCGUGCACCUGUGCGGCGCGCGCCAGGACACGCGGGAGAGGACGUACGGCAUGUUUGCGAGGGUUAACGCCGAGCUUGGGAGGAGGAUCCGCGAGGAGACUGAGAAGGAGGUUAAGAAGAGCAGCUCGGUGGACAGCACCGGCGCGACCAAGUCGAAGUUGUGA